AAAAAUGGCGUCCACCCCGCGGCGAAGGCGUGGCUACCCGUUGCCAGGGGCAACCGCCGUCCAAUGAAAGCGGCGAAGGCGUCGCUACCCGUUGCCAGGGGCAACCGCCGUCCAAUGAAAGCAACGUGGACGAGAGGGUGCUCCAGAAUGUCAUCGAGGCCUGAGUGGCUGACCGGGCUGGCCCAUCGGGCCGCCCCACCACGUCCCCAGCCGUGCAACUCUUCGCCGGCACUGACCCGUGGAGGGAAGCGCGAGUCCAGCGUGAGCCCCAGGGCCGUGACGCAGCUCCCCGUGGCCAAGACGCGGCGGCCUCGGCACUCAAAAGCGGUCUCGCGCCACAACAGGGAUGAUGGCAUCAAGUCUGACAGGACCGACAGCGAUUCAUGCAGCUACACGGAUCCGAGUGGCCUUGAGGAGGACGAGGAGGGCUUCUGUGACGAUGAGAGGCGUGCGCUGGACCGUGCGGCGGUGCACGAGGACUCGGGCCUGGGCUCCAGCGUCACUGACGACGGCACGGUGUCCCGUGAGGCAGGCGGCGAGGGGUUGGAUGCUCCGGGCAGCUCUGUCAGAAGUUGCCCGGGAUCGGACGCGAGCGUGGCGGAGUGGUCCCGAACAUCCGUGGACUUGGACGACUCUCCCUUCCUGCCGGCUGUGACGAGCAGCUGGAAGCGAGACGAGGACUCUGCGGAUUUGGCGAAAUCCGGCCGACAUAACUUUGCUGCAGGGGAGCGUAACACCCUGGAUGAACUUUUGGGCAAAAAGGCAGAGGCCGUCGAAAGCGGCGUGGGCAUGGGGACAGAAUGCGGUGGUGCCGUGGGCACGCGGCGACCGGACGUGUCCGGCCACGUUGCCCUCCCCGACGCCAGCUUGUUCUCGCCGACUACGGAGAAGCGAGACUCUGGAAUCAGACUCACGCCGAACUCCUCCAUCCUCGACUACGGCGACGACGGCGACACGAGCGGCCGCGACUCUCUGGAUGGUGCCCGCGCGUCGACGUCGCUCUCGCCGCCAUUCCUGAAGACGCCGCAGCCAAACCGCAGGGGCCGCGAGCGCGGCGCCAGUUCCGUGUUCCGCACGCCAGUGACGGCGCUCGCGCGCACGUUCAACCUGGACCCGUCAUCCCCCGGCGGCUUGCGGUGCUCUCCCUCGCUGGGCGGCAGGGACGCGGUGCCAGGCUCUCCCGCGGUCGACGACGACGGCAGCUUUCGCUGCGUUUUCUCGGAAAGGGGCCGCGUCGUUACGGAGGGCGGCAACGACGCGGAUGAGCGCAGCCUGGACGGCUCGGGCGACGACCUCACGCCGGACCUGUGGCCACGUAGCCGCAGACUGGGCCGCUUGCAGAGCCCCUCUACCAUCCGCGAAGGCGGCUCCCGGUCGGACGUCGAUGACGGCCGGGCGAACGUACAGGUGGCGCGGCACGUGGAGGAGGCGGCGGCGGCGUCCGGGUCGCCGAGCUGCCGUCGAGUGGUGAACACGCGCAGCCAGCGGAGGAUGGUCACGGCGAGAGACGGCGUCGCCAGUGCCGCCUUGAGAAACGCCGCCGUGCACACGGCGCCCCCGUGCGUGUCGCGCCAUGCCACGCCACCCACGCGCGCUGGCGUGGUGAGCGCCGAUGCGGUGCUCACGCCCGCCCUGAGGCUGCAACAGGAGGUGGCGUGGCGGUUCUGUCAGGGCCUGCAGGAGGCCACGCCUGUGGGGGCUUCGGGUCGAGCAUCGACGUCGGCGUGGAGGCACAGCCCGGCGCAGCUCAACGACGCGAUGAAGCAGGCGCUCGCUUCCGUGCCCGUCGCCCUGAGGGAGAGCCCCUCGCUCAAGCAACUCAUUGGACGUGAGAUGGGCUGCAAGUUCCUCGACAUAAUCGCCGCGCUGGAGGAGAAGGGCCUCAGGCGCGUGGUGUGCCAGCUGCUUGGCUACCUGUCGGCGGCGGACCACGACAGGUUGUGCCAAGUGAGCGCAGUGUGGCGCGCUGCCGUGGACUGGGGGCGGGCGCUAAGGCUCUUGACUCCCAAAUCGGUGCCCGUGAUCUGGCACAAGGAGAACGUGCCCAACCCGUGGGCGGGCGACGACGUGGCUGACGCACGUUGGCACCAGCCGGUGCCCAGGGGCAGUCCCUUGGCACCGUCCGGCCAAAGCCUCGCGACGCCGUCGCCCACGAAUGGGCAGGCAGCGAGCAGCCGAGCGAGCAGCCAGCACGAGCGCUUCGUGGCGGUGGGCCGCACGCUCCACAGCGACGAGUCGCUGCGCAAGUGCCCGCGCUGCCAGUCUCCGGCGCGCUUGCGCCGCGCGGAGGAGCGGGCGCUGUGCACGCGGGAGUCGUGCGCGUACGACUUCUGCGCGACCUGCUGGUGCCCGUGGCACGGGUCACGCCCGUGCAGUCCCGCGCGGACGGCGCGCCGGGGGCCGUCGGAGGCGCUGCCCGGCACCAAGCGGAGCAAGCGCAACCUGAGGCGGCUGUGACGCGGCGGGGCCCGGGGGGGUUGGUGGCGGUGGGGAGGAGGAGAGCUGCCAACUCGGACGUUUCAUUUCUUCCGCCGAGAGAUGUUUGAAUGUGCGCCACACCGGCUAUGGUCACGACCCCCGCCACCGCCACCACGCCCCCCCCCCACCGCCCCCCAACCUGGACACGCCUGUGGACACCUCAAGUCGACCGGGUUAGGUCGAUGGACUCGGUGCCUGCAUCGCCUUCGUGUUGUCGGCCUCUCAACGAGGUCACUGGAUACUUUUAUCGAAGACUAGGUGAGAGAUUGAGAGGAAUGCCUCUAUUGCUAGUGUGACCUGGGUAAGCGACAUUAGUUUUUAAACUAAAUACAAAAGUCAGUCCUAAAGGAAUGAGUUUUACAUUUAGAAAUGAAAGAACAUGGCAUCCAGCUGCUUGUGAGAUCCCUUCAAGUGAUCUCCUCGCCACACGACCAGCACGCACAACACUUCGCUAUCGCACGUCCUGCUGUACAGAUGUUCAUCGUAUGCCGAUCAAACCGAAAUGUUUAAUUCUCAGAGCUGGAAAUUUGGAAGAUUAUGUGAAAAGCCAAAUAUAAUGAUGGUUUUCGUGCAUACAAUGUGUUAACUUACCUGUGCUGUGCAUUAUCUGAUGUACAUAUCAGAUUAUGAUGGCAAACGCGGUUAAAUGAAGUGAAUACCAAGGGUUCGUGAAUUUCGAUUCGACCUAUGAGAUGGUCACCUCCUUUCGCCAAAUAGGUUCAGAAGGUGGCAUUUUCGGGAAGAAGAAGAAAACACGAGGCCUUGUGGUCUAACGAACGUGAAUAUGACGUGAAUCGCAGGCUGCGUAUGUACGCACGUGCCCGCGUCUCUCCUCCCAUCGCGUGGCUCGGCUCGGGAUGGAGUUGGAUUUUAAAGCGCGUCGCUGAAGAAUUCCUGGCGCCGACGUGCGGAGGGGAAGUUGUCCGCGUCGCCGCGAAUGCGUUGGGCAGCUAGCGCCUCGUGUGCACUGGACAACGGACGGCACAUCUGUCGGCGCGUAUUGGUGAUGCUCGCGGGAUGACAGACUGCACGAGCGCGAUCAACAAACGCCGCCUUUGCGCGCGAAGCGUUACGUGGAAUGGAACGGUGCUGACACGGCUGUCGUUUCCGUCGUGGCUCCUUCGAGCACGGAGGAACAUUGGGAACGUUUGUCGUCUUGCCACUGAAUACCGUCACUUUAUUAGGAAGAAUGUGUUGAUUGCAGUCGUCGAAGUGUUCUCUGUCAUUGCCUCAAGGCCAGUUGGUGGGUUGGCCGCAGUUGGUGAGAUGUUAGAAGGUUAAGAAACUUGACGGUGGCCACCCGCUUGGCACGGUGUUACUCACGGUCGUGCAAAGCAGUCGUGGUGAUUACCCAGCGGUAGCCGGCGAUGAUCUCCUUAAGAGACAGCCGCUGUCACAGUAUGCAGGCUGCGUGUGGACAAAGCGAGCGGCACUGCACACGGUGUUACAAAUGUUCAAAGGGUGACGUUCUGAAGGGAGUUGACAUUCUGCGCCCUAUCUGGAGCAAUGAAGACUGACCAGCAUUGGAGCUGAUGUGCGUGUGUACAGCACUGCUUGGGCAAUCCCUAUGUAAGUCGCGGCGAGCGUCACCCGAUGUGCUCAGGAUAAGGAUGACACGUGCAUUAAUGCGUUAUGUAUAUAAUUCUGCAAUCGUAAUCGCAUGUACGGUGUAAACUUGAGCUUUGUAUUUGCCUGGUUAGUGUUUGUAAAGGUUCGGAGUUUUUGGUGAAUCUGGAUCAUCUGGUUUCUGUCGACCGAGCGGCGUCAUGCGCACAGCCUCAUUUCCCCAAGGUCUUGUUCACAAUUUGAACGCAAAUUUUAAUCCCAUAGUCCACAUUUAGACGAAUGUUUAUGCGAUCAAGAUGCUGUGAAUGGCCCAGUGCCCCCCACGUAGUUACUGGAAAAGUAACAACUUUAAAGCCCAAUUUUAACCAUUAAAUAUUGUUAAUGUCCUCACAUGGCUCCUCAGAAUAACGGAUUAGUCAUUUUAAUCUGUUCGUUUUUUUCUUAUUGAAUAGUAUUCCCUCUCUGAACCGUUCCGGAGAUGCUGGUGAAUAGCCAAUGUCGCGGAGAAUGAAAACCGAUCAUUUUAAUUAAUGACCUUAAAUAAUCAAUCUCGUCACUUUAUCACAUUCUUCCUCGGUCACUUGAUCUCAUCACUUUCCGUCUGUCUCGAUGCAGUCGUGCAGCGUUCCAGAUGCGAUUCAACGGAUAGGCCAAAGUCACGGACAACACAUUCGUGAAUAGCGAGGGAGCGCUGUGUUUAAUGUUGUUAAGUCGACUUGAGACAUUGCUGUGCCACGUGCCUUAUACGCCUGUGUGUGUGUCUGUGAGACGGGCAGUUUCCCAUCUCUGCAUCACUGCCUUGCCACGUGGACCGACCCUUGUUCUGCUUCGGCCCGACCCACUCGGCCUUUUACGUGAAAGACCGUGACAACCCCUUUCAAGUGAAACCGCUUCUAAUAGUUGUAACAUUAUAUUGCCCACCAACCCUGGGGUCGGUCAGAGCUUUGCAGCAUUUGAGAAAUAAGUAAGUUUGUAACCUGUUUCUAUGCAAUGAUUAGUCCUAUCGGUUGCAAUAAACUUGCUUAUUUCUCCUAAUCUAAAAUGUAUCUGGAGGCAAGGAUUUGGACUUUAUUUUAAUGGUUGGACUUGAAGCUGAAAAACUGCGAGUAUGAGAGGCCACUCGUGACACGUGAUGAAUGUAUUUUCAUACAAUCACUUUUUUAAUGUUUUCUUUGUGUUGCCGUGAAUGCUCAAAGAAAUCCGAGUGAAGGUUUUUUAAAAUUAAUUUAUGAUGUGUGAUAUUGUACCUUCAUUUACAGCGUGCAGUUUUAAUAAAGUGUCGUUAAAUUUCGAUUCAAAGCUUUCGUGACUGCAGCAGGGAUUCAUAUUCUUGGUUAUUUCGGUCAAGUCACGGAGAAGGGAAAAAAUACAAUUUAAAGUGUCAUUAAUUUCCUUUGGUGGUCAUGGCCGUGAAUUGUGCAAUAUCGACGUUAAACAAUUCCCAGAGCACACGUGCACUAAUGCGUCUGUGGUGGUCCCUUAAUUAUAAUUAAGAUAAUGAUCUUACACUCUUCUUCCUGAUUGCUUGCCAAUGCCAUCCAGUGGGAGCCUUCAAAGCUUCUGGCCUCAUUCCGCCAUCAUAAGAAUCAUAAGAAUCAUUUACAUUUGUGAUGCGAAUCUCAUCCAAGGAUCCCAAAGCGCCAUCUCGUGUUCUGUCGACCGCCCCUUCCCCCCAUGGGCCUCAGUUCUGUUGUUCAUCUCACCUGUCUCUUCGUCAUCAACGUUUUUGGGUUAAUUGGCUGUGUCGGGUGGUGGAGGGUUACGACACAUUUAUACUUAUGCGAUCUAACCCAACGUUUAUGAUUUCGAUUUAGUGCUUUCGUGACUGCAGGGAUUCAUCUUCUUGGUUCUUUCGGUAAAGUCACGUAGAAGGGAAAUAAUAAAAGAAUAAAAAUGAAACGUAAUAAAAU